GCAGCUGAAUGCGAAGAAGGUCGCUCUGAAUAAUUCUCAAUUUUACUGGAAAGGAAGAAUUUCUAUCUGUUGGACAGUCAUAAUGGUUUUGCACUUGAGCUAAUUAAAUUCCUCUUUGGACCAGAAGUGUUUUAGUGUCUUAGACUAAAAAUGGGGUCGUCAGAAAGUAGAUUGGCAGAUUUGUCUUCGAACGAGUUCAUCCAGAAAUUUGUUGGCAAGGAAAUCAUCGCCCCAAAUGACCCAUUUUGGGAGCAGUUUCUGACUUUCACCUUUAUUCCUCCAAAAUCAGCUGUCUGCAUUUAUUGGAAUUCGAGGAAAAAUGCUGAUCAAAGGAACUUGGAUGAAAGUGUGCAAGGCAUCUGUCGUCAAUUGCUGGCCAACAAUCCUCGCAGUGGCAAUUUCCAUUCUCUAGUCUCAUUUUUCAUUGAAAAGUCCAUUUGCAUGAGAGCGAACGACAGCCAAAAUGACAACUUCACAUUUAGCUGGUCCACGCACAAUUCCCUCUUUGUACUCAAGGUUUUGUGCAAAUUCUUUGUGGAGAAUAUUACUGAGGAAGAUUUCGCCAAUCAAUUUGAAAUAGGAGGCGACAAGAAAUCUGCUGCAGUUGAGGGAAGUGACCAACUUAGUAAAUUGGAUGUGUUUUUGUCAAGCUUAGUCGAGCUUCUGGUUGAUCUUCCUGUCCGAGACACAACCUACGCACUACACUUUGAAGCUAUAAACUGUCUUUUGGUUCUGCUCUCGGCUCAACUUUUCACAAAUCAGCAAGCAAACAAAUCAAUGAUAUACAGAUAUCUUAUUGCUGGGAAAAGUUCCAUUCACUCUUGCUUGUUGAUCAAAAGGCUACUCUCACACUUCGGAACGAGAGAAAAAGCACCACCUAAUUUCAUGGGUCGUGGGGACACUGGUGGCAGCAUAGUAUUAGGUUUAGCCUCUGGGAUUUGGAACAUGCUAACUUUUGGGUUAGCAAACAAUGAACCCCUAAAAGAAGGAGAGCCUGAUUCACCCCUGGCGAACCAGUCUUUGCUUUUGAUUCUCGUUCUCGUGAGUCAUUGCACUUGUGAGAAGAACCUGCUGAAUCCAUACAGAGAAGCUCUUUUCUCAUUCUCAAACUCUGCAGAAUCUGGCUCUGCUGUGAGUGCCUCAAGUGCUUCAUUCACGAUUGACUUUCCGUGGAUGUACUUGGCACUGUGCAACGCCCCAGCCUCGGACCAAUCCACCCUACUUUUGUACUUGCUCAUCCACUGCAACCCCAACAUGCGCAGCUUUAUCAUCUCCAGAGCAGACAUCGAGCUUCUGGUUGUUCCAAUUCUGAAAACUCUGUAUCACGCGCCGCACAGUAAUUCACAUCACAUCUACAUGUCGUUAAUUAUUCUGCUAAUUCUGAGUGAAGAUGAAAUAUUCAAUAGAACUGUGCACCAAAUUAAACUACGUUCCAUCACAUGGUACACAGAGAGGGCAAUUUCAGAAAUUUCCCUUGGUGGUCUUCUAGUGCUUGUGGUUAUAAGAACAAUUCAAUAUAACAUUUUGAAAAUGCGGGACAAGUAUUUGCACACCAACUGUCUCGCUGCCCUGGCAAACAUGUCAAGUCAGUUCAGCGACUUGCACCCAUAUGUGAGUCAGCGGCUGGUGUCCCUCUUUGAAACCCUUGCGAAAAAGCACAACCGCCUCUCCUCUGAGGUGGCUGCACUGAAGAGGUCCCAGUCAACGGUGUCGAGUGAGCAAGAAUCUGACAUGGAGCAAGACCUGGCUGUGCUGGAGGAUGUGCUGCGAAUGGUGUUGGAAAUCCUGAACUCCUGCUUGACCCACCAACUGGCUUCAAACCCAAAUUUGAUUUACACACUCCUGUACAAAAAGGAGACCUUUGAGAUGUUCAAAAGCCACCCCGCCUUUCAAGACGUGGUUUGCAAUAUUGACCUGGUUAUCACCUACUUCGCUUACAAGUUGCAGCAAAUUCAAAGUGAUUUGGGAGAGGGGGAUGUGCUUGAAACCAUUCAACAGGGUGCUAUGCAGUGGAACAAGGACAGGCUCAAGAAAUUCCCUGACUUGAAAUUCAAAUAUGUUGAAGAAGACCGUCCUGAAGAAUUUUUCAUUCCAUAUGUUUGGUCUUUGGUUUGCCAGUCAUCUGGUAUACAUUGGAACAUGGACAAAGUGAAACUGUUUUUCCCAGAUACAAGUGAGGCUGUAUGUUAAUUUAUCCUAGCAGCAACAGUAAUACUACUUCUUGAUCAAUAUUAAUUUUAUUUCCAAAUCCACUAAAAAACAGAGUUAACACACAAAUGUUUGAAAAUUAUGUUAAUAUGUUGAAAUGUAUAAUUUUAAUAUUGUUGCAUGUAAUAAACUGCAUAUUUUAAACAA